AUCAACUCUUAAACUAACUCAAGAAACAGGCAAAUCGUACGGAUUCUCUCUCCAAAGACCCAGUACGGACAUGCGGAUGACUAGCGUACGGAUAUAACUUCAAGACAUGCCAGGUCAUUUGAAUAUCCGUUGUCAUGGCCCGGUCAAAUUGCCUAAAUCAAGCGAGUGGCGGAGAUCCGCAUUUAAAAGUUAGUUAGGUUCCGUUUUCCUUGUUUCCCACUUCACGUUUAGGCCAGGGAGCUCUGCUUUGCUUUGCUCCUUCCCUUGCUCUUCCUUCCACGGAUUAUAGCCGCGGUUUCCGGGGGGGAUUGUCGUGGUGGGUGUGGCGGUGGCGGUGGUGCUAACUAGCUACCCAAAUGGUUCCUCACUUCCCUCCCGAUGAUCAUACUACUCCAAACAUCAAGUCCACGGCGGUGGCCGUUGACAAGGACAAGAACAGCCCACAUGCCGUCCGGUGGGCUAUUGAUCAUCUCGUGAUUAGCAACCCGGUUAUCAUCCUAAUCCACGUUAGGCACAAAUUAAGCACCCCAAAUCAGAGCGCGGGUGAGGCUGAAUCAGGCGAUUCCCAUGACACCAAAGACCUCUUCGUCCCCUACCGCGCGUAUUGUGCUCGUAAAGGGAUUCAAUUGAAAGAGGUUGUCCUCGAAGACAAUGAUGCUCCUAAAGCACUUUUGGAUCAUAUCCAGAAAAACUGCAUCAGCAGCAUUGUCGUUGGUGCAUCAACAAGGAAUGCCCUUGCAAGGAAGUUCAAAGCAUAUGAUAUACCCGGUAGUUUAAUCAAAUCUGCACCAAAUUUCUGUUCUGUGUAUGUAAUUUCCAAAGGAAAGAUAUUGUCAGCACGAACAGCAUUAAGGCCUCUGGCUAAUACUGCUACCCCUCCAAAACAACUAUCUUCGGUGGGACUUCCACCAACACCUGAUCACACCAGUGAAGAAAAUGGAGCUAGACAUGCAAGGACAUCAUGGAGAAAUGGAGGACAAGAGAGAAUGGCUAUGGAGAGGAACAAUGAUGUAACGAGAGCAACAACAAGGGAGAGGGCCAGGAGUAGUCCAACCAAUAUGUCAGUGGAAAAUAUUGAGCUUCCAAAUCGUGGGUCAAGGACUUCAUUUAGCCGCAAUUCUGUGUCCGAUGAGCAUCAUGAUUAUGCAGGGCCAAUGAUGUUCGGAUCCAUCGACAUCUCAGGCCAAAAUUUAGAUUUCAGCAUUGCAACACAUUCUCCCAGGGAAUCAUCCUUAGCCAGACAAUCUGCACGAGAGCUUGAAGCUGAGAUGAAAAGAUUGAGGCUCGAGCUAAAGCAAACCAUGGAAAUGUAUAGCUCAGCUUGCAAAGAAGCAAUCUCGGCCAAAAAUAAGGCUAGAGAGCUUCACCAGUGGAAGCUAGAGGAGGCGCGCAAGUUUGAAGAAGCUAGGCUUGCUGAAGAAGCAGCUCUUGCCAUGGCAGAACUAGAGAAGGCUAAGUGUAAGGCUGCCAUUGAAGCCGCAGAGGCAGCACAGAAGCUAGCCGAGAUGGAAGCACAGAGAAGAAAAGAGGCGGAGAUGAAGGCCAAGCAAGAGGCAGAAGAGAAAAAUCGGGCAUUGUCUGCAUUGACACAUAAUGACAUCAGGUACAGAAAAUAUACCAUAGAAGAGAUUGAAGCAGCUACUGAAAAGUUUUCUGGAUCAAUGAAAAUUGGUGAAGGUGGAUAUGGACCUGUGUAUAAAGGCAGACUUGAUCACACCCCAGUUGCCAUCAAAGUUUUGAGACCUGAUGCUGCUCAAGGGAGGAAGCAAUUCCAACAGGAGGUUGAGGUCCUUAGCUGCAUUAGACAUCCUAACAUGGUCCUCCUCCUUGGCGCCUGCUCUGAGUAUGGAUGUCUGGUUUAUGAAUACUUGGACAAUGGCAGUUUAGAAGACAGGUUGUUUCGAAGAGGCAACAGCCCUCCAAUUCCAUGGAGAAAACGAUUCAAAAUAGCGGCAGAGAUUGCCACUGCCCUUCUCUUCCUUCACCAAGCAAAGCCAGAGCCCCUUGUUCAUCGGGAUCUUAAGCCAGCCAACAUCCUCUUAGACCGCAAUUAUGUGAGCAAAAUUAGUGAUGUUGGGCUUGCACGUUUAGUCCCACCUUCUGUGGCUAAUAGCGUCACACAAUACCACAUGACUUCUACUGCAGGGACUUUUUGUUACAUAGAUCCUGAAUACCAACAAACAGGAAAGUUGACAACAAAAUCCGAUAUAUACUCAUUGGGGAUCAUGUUGCUACAAAUCAUCACUGCCAAGCCUCCAAUGGGUCUUGCCCACCAUGUUCAAAGGGCCAUUGAAAGAGAGAGAUUUGCAGAGCUGCUUGAUUCUACAGUGACAGAUUGGCCUGUAGAGGAGGCUCUACUGUUUGCUAAAUUGUCAUUGAAGUGUGCAGAGCUAAGGAAGAAGGACAGGCCAGAUCUUGCCACGGUUGUAGUCCCAGAGCUCAAUCGAUUAAGAGAGCUGGGAAGGAACAGUGAAACUCACAACAAUUAUGGAUACAACAACAAUGGUGGUCACAUUGAAAGUCAUUUCGGAUGGGCUUCACAUAUAAGGAUAUGAAGCUCAAAUUUAGAUUUUGUUAGAAAUUGAUGCACUUUCUUUGUACCUUUCCAUUUCCGUUCAACUUGUUCAGUUUUUACUAAUGUCUCUAGAAUUGUCCGAUGAGUGUAUAAAUACAUAUACUUUGUAAUGCUGCUGCCUCUG